UGCGCCCGGGGGGCAGGAGGACCGCAGCACAGGUGCCUGCUCCCUGCGCCUGCGCUCUGCGUGCCCCGCCUCACCAGGUGCGCCCCGCCCCCUCCUCUCUGGCUGGCCACCUUCGGUAGCUCCUUCCCAGCGGCCGCCAUUGGCUCCAGCGCCCACCGAGGGUUUGGAGGUGUGGGGGGGUUCUGAACAGUGGGAGAGUCGCUGAGUGUCGCUGGCUGGGAACAAAGGGGCGAGUGAGGAGCGUUCUCCCGCAUUGUGAGUAUAGGAGGUAGAAUCCGCACACAGAAGGUCCUUGAGAAAAGGGUUUCCCGGAGACUGUGACGUGAGAGACUGCGCGGCCCCUCCGCUAGCUUCCACACCUGAACGCGAGGCGCUCCUGUGCGCGUGCGCGGCAAGGGGCUUCCCGCACCUGAUCGCGAGACCCCAACGGUCGGCGGCUGGAGGCCUCGCCUGUGCUACCGGGUGAAGCCCGUCAUGGCGCAACUGUGUGGGUUGAGGCGGUGCUGGGCGCUGCUCGCCCUGCUGGCAUCGCUGCUACUCUUCCGGGCCGAGGCGGCCGACGGAGAACGCGACGUCCACGACUUUUGCCGAGUUCCGAAGGUCGUGGGAAAAUGCCGGGCCUCCAUCCCUAGAUGGUGGUACAAUGUCACCGGCGGAUCCUGCCAGCAGUUUGUAUAUGGAGGCUGUGGUGGGAAUGACAAUAAUUACCUGACCAAGGAGGAGUGUUCUGAGAAAUGUGCUGGUGUCACAGAGAACACCAUUGAUGAUCUCGCCACCAGCAGGAAUGGAGCCGGUUCCUCUGUCCCGAGUGUUCCCAGAAGGCAGGAUUUUGAUGACUCCUCCAGCGAUAUUUUCAACUACGAAGAAUACUGCACCGCCAAGGCCGUCACUGGGCCUUGCCGCGCAUACUUCUCUCGCUGGCACUUCGAUGCCGAGAAGAACUCCUGUGAUAACUUCAUCUACGGAGGGUGUUGGGGCAAUAAGAACAACUACCUCUCCAAGGAGGAGUGCAUGAGCCGCUGCUUUGGCAAGCAGUUGUAUCCUGUCCUGCCCCUCAGCACUCAUGUGGUGGUCCUGGCGGGGCUGUUCGUGAUGGUUCUGGUCCUCUUGCUUGGAGCCUCCGUGGUCUGCCUGACCAGGAUGGCGCGGAGAAACCAAGAGCGUGCCCUCCAAACGGUCUGGAGCUCUGGAGACGACAAGGAGCACCUGGUGAAGAACACAUACCUGCUGUGAACGCCCUGUCGCCAAGAGGCUGCCCCUCGUCAGGAGUCAGGACCCCCCUGUUGAUGAACAGAACCUGGGGAGACAACUGUAGAAUGCAUGUGUACUUUUUAAAAUAGAGUGAUUGAUUUGUAUUUGUGUGAUCAUUAGGGCUUUGGGUCUGUUUGUUACUCCAGAAGUUAAGAGGGCUGCUUCCUGGUCUCCCUGCGGAGGAUUUGAGAAUCCUCAAAGAAGGGGUCACGUUCACGCUCAGAUGGCCUGGCCCC